UCAGCAAUGACAAGGACAGGAGCAAAAAGCAAAACUAAAGAAAAAUCAGUCCAGAUCAAUAACGAGAGGGCAAAUUUCUUUGUAAAGUAUGUAUGUCUUGGUGUGGACUUUUUUUUUUAAACCUUUUCAUUUUCUAACUUGAGCAGCAGGCAGUGGGCAGAAAGUUAGGGCCACAUUCUUAAAUAUGCAGCGAACAUUUUUAAUAAACACUGAUCAGCAGUGAGUCUGCAGUGGCGCAGAAACCGAUGGUUAUAGAUUGCUUCUCUUUCUUUGAUCUGCCCACAUAGGCUAACCAUGUCAGCAACCGAUGCAUAUUGAAUCAAUUACCCAGGUGACACACAACAAACAAUGCCAGCAAAUGCGCGGGUCACACUUUGCUACGGACCUUAUGAAUCCAGCGGAGUAAUACAACACAGGACCUUCCGCCUCCAGGGUCUCCAGGCCGCUCUGAGAGCGCGCGGGCACCUGUGCGUUUUGGAAGAAACACGCGAGUGGAAUAUUGUGGAGCUCGUGGUCAGCGAGGAGGUCGUUUUCACCUGUAACAUAAAGGAUCUGGAGUUUGGCGGAGAUGGAAAACUGGAUCCUGUUUGCAGAGAAGCUGUUGCUGCAGUGGAGUGUGCUUACUGAAAAUAACUUAUAAAUGUCACAAACCCAAAUUUAAAAAAUACAAUUAAAAACUCUACAUAUUUGGCAAUUACACCAC